AUGGCCGCCGCCUACACUUUGUACGCGCAUACUCUACCAGCUGCAUGGCGAGAAUGUAUCAGUAUUCACAUUGGACAGGCUGGAGUUCAGAUGGGCAAUGCGUGUUGGGAGUUGUACUGUUUGGAGCAUGGAUUGCCAGCAGACGGGCAAUUGCAUUUUCCCAAACACGCCUUGCCUGAAGAUGAUUCCUAUAAUACAUUUUUCAGUGAAACAGUUCAUGGCAAACAUGUUCCUCGAGCCAUAUUUAUCGAUUUGGAGCCCAGUGUUAUAGAUGAAAUUCGUACCGGGACAUAUCGUCAACUAUUCCAUCCGGAUAAUCUAAUCUCCGGAAAGGAGGAUGCAGCGAACAACUAUGCUCGCGGACACUAUACCGUAGGAAAAGAUAUUGUGGACACAGUACUUGAUCAUAUUAGGAAAGCGGCAGAUCAAUGUGGUGGACUACAAGGCUUUCUCAUUUUCCAUUCAUUUGGCGGGGGAACCGGGUCCGGAUUCACCUCACUACUCAUGGAACGAUUAAGUGUGGAUUAUGGGAAAAAAUCGAAAAUGGAAUUUUGCAUCUAUCCGGCACCGCAAAUUUCGACAGCCGUUGUUGAACCGUACAACGCACUGAUGAAUACACAUGUAACUUUGGAACACUCCGACUGUACCUUCCUUGUGGAUAACGAGGCAAUCUACGAUAUUUGUCGGUAA